CAGUCUUUCACUGUUGACUAAUUUUAUAAAAACUCAAAUCCAAGAAAAGGUUAAAGAGUUGGGAUUUCACUAAUUUGAGUGAGAAUUAAAGCAAGUUCAAUUCAUGGCUUUAUGCUGUGUAAGGCAUUGUCACUGGAUGUAACAUUUGUGUAAUACAAAUGUAAAUGAUCCUGAAGCAGGUUUGGGGCUUGCUGUGAGUAUUACCAACCCAUGGAAGAAUAGUAAUACUACUGCAGGUGCAGGUGUAAAUGCAAAUUCAAAAGCAGAUAUGAUGUCUUUUGUUGGUUCUGAUACAUUAGCCGAACUAGUUUGGUCUCCACAAACAGGUUUGGCCAUAAAAUUUGCCGAAAAGAAACCUUGUUUUAUGUGGGAAGUCGGUCCAAGUAGUAUCGGGUUUUUACAGUCUGAAGACACUAAAGAUGAAAAGCAUACUACUGAGGUUAGCCAAGUUGCAUCACUAGCAACUUGUCAUGUGAGUGGUGAAGUUGUCAAGUCUUCCAUCUCAGUGGAACUACCGAGAAGCACAAGUCGUGGGCAAACAGGAGCAGCUUAUCUUAAUCAAUCAUCUGAACAUUCGAUUGAAAAUGGAAUGGCUAGUCGUGUUGAUGGGCCUGGUUCCAAUCAUAGACCACCUUGGAUUAUGGAAACAACAAAUCAGUGUGAGCCUCUAGAAUGUCUUGAUCUUGAAAUGGGUAAUGCAGAAAAAUGUAGUGAAGAUAUAAACAGCUCUCGUAAUUGCCCACAAAAUGAUGAGAAACACGGUGUGGAGAGCCACAAAAGCAUGGAAAGUUGCAAAAGGUCUAAUUUGUCAACUAAAAGAAAGAGGAGAUUGAGUUUCGAAGAACAAUUGAUUCUUGGAAGUAAAAGAAUCAAGAAACAAGCUGAUGAAUGCAGAGUUAAAAAGGAUAGCUCUUUCGUGAAUUGGAUUUCAAACAUGUUACAAGGCUUGAAGAGCCACGAAAAUAAUAAUCAGAGGAUAAGUGUUUGUGAAGCAACUCAUAGUUUUCAGACUAAAAAGAAGGGAUUUCAAAAUGUGUUUCAGUCUCUCUGCUCACGAGAUUCAAAGGCACAUGAAACUUUAACACAGAUAGAGUAUGUGCCCGUUUACAGAACGAAAGAAAUGAUUUUAGCCAACAAAUAUAGCUACGACUCAUCUGACUGUUUGGAGAUAAAAGAGAAAGAGGCCCAGUGUCUUGUAAAAUAUACAAGCUUAUACGAAAGAGUAACAAAGGAAGCACCAAACGGAAUGUUUGACACUAUCAGAAGGCUCACAUUAUCACGUACAGAUAUCCUCAAAUGGACAAAUUCCCAAUCAUCGGUUGCCAAAUUAGAUGGUUUUUUUCUCCGACUGAGGGUUUCAAAAUGGGAAAAGGAGGCAACAGGAUCAAGAUACUAUGUUGCGUGCAUAACAGGAUUACAAGGAGAACCCAUGAUGAAAGGUGUAAUGCAGCGUAUCUGUGUCAAAGUUGGAGGUGUUGAAUGCUUUGUCGAAAGUCAACAUGUCUCUAACUGUGAUUUUCUUGAGGAUGAACUUGUAACAUGGUGGCAAAAAACAUCAAAGAAUGGAGGGACACCAGAUGUGAAAGAUUUGAAAUCCAAGCUAGCUGAGAGGAGAACAUUGGGUUUGUAGUUGUCACGGAAACAAUCUCUUGAUAAAAUGCGGAGGAAAGUGUGUAGAGUUUUCUGAAGUUAUAACUAUUAGAGUAACAAUUGAUAAUAUAUUGAAAACUGAUGACUUCAUUGAUAA